AACAGCAUCCACACUCUCUGCUUCAACCAAGGUGUUUGGGUCAGUAAAAAUUAUCUAGCAAACAUGAGCUCCUAUCGUUCUUCCUCUCAGGUCCAGAGCAGUGGCUCAUUAUAUGGGUCAGGUGGUUCUAGUGGAUUUGGAGGUAGUUUCGGUGGCAGCUCUGGUGGUUUUGGUGGUAGCUCUAUUGGUUUUGGUAGUAGCUCUGGUGGAAGUUUCGGUAGCGGCUAUGGAGCAGGCUAUGGUGGUGGAGCAGGCUAUGGUGGUGGAGCAAGUUCUGGGUUUUCCUUGAGCUCUAGCUCAUCAGGCAGUGGUUUGGGAGGAGGUUUUCCUGGAAGUGAAAAGCAGACCAUGCAGAACCUUAAUGACCGUCUAGCCAACUACCUGGAUAAAGUGAGAGAAUUGGAAGCAGCCAACGGUGAACUGGAAAUCAAAAUCCGAGAAUGGUACGAAAAACAGCUUGCAGUUGGUGCCUCUGCAACUGGCAAAGAUUACUCUAAGUACUUUGAAAUCAUCAACGACCUAAGGAACAAGAUUCUCUCUUCCACUAUUGAUAACUCCAGAGUUGUUCUUCAAAUCGACAACGCCAGAUUGGCUGCCGAUGACUUCAGACUGAAGUUUGAGAAUGAGCUUGCUCUCCGCCAGAGCGUCGAGGCCGAUAUUAAUGGCCUCCGAAGAGUGUUGGAUGAACUGACCCUGACAAGAGGUGAUCUUGAGAUCCAGAUCGAGGGCUUGAACGAAGAGCUAGCCUAUCUUAAGAAGAACCACGAGGAGGAGGUUAGCAUUGCAAAGAGCAGUGCUGCUGGCCAAGUUAAUGUCGAAAUGGAUGCAGCUCCAGGUAUAGAUCUGACCAAGAUUCUGAAUGACAUGAGAGCAGACUAUGAAGUCCUGGCUGAUAAGAACCGUAGAGAAACAGAGCAAGCGUUCAACCAAAGGUGCAAUGAGCUGAAGAAAGAGAUAUCAGUUGGGGUGGAGCAGGUGCAGACAAGUAAGAGUGAAAUCUCCGACUUGAGACGUACUCUUCAGAGCUUGGAAAUCGAGCUGCAAUCCCAGCUAGCAAUGAAAAAAUCAUUAGAAGACACAUUGGGAGAAACCGAAGGCCGUUUUGGUGCCCAGCUCCAACAGCUCCAACUCACAAUAACUAGUCUAGAAGAACAGUUAAUACAGGUCAGAUCGGACAUGGAAAGACAGAACCAGGAGUACCAGCAACUUCUAGACAUCAAGAACAGACUAGAGAUGGAAAUCGAAACAUACCGCCGAUUGCUUGAGGGAGAGUUUGGACAAUCAAGUUCAUACUCUAGCUCCAGUUCAUCUAGUCGGUCAGCCGUGUCUUCCACCCAGGUUUCCUCCAACCAGGUCUCCACAACCCAGUCAUCAACAUCUUCUGUAGAUUCCAAAAAAGAUCCAACCAAAACCAGAAAGGUAAAGACCAUCGUGGAGGAAGUGGUAGAUGGAAAGGUCGUAUCAUCCCGGGUACAGGAAAUUGAAGAAGCCUGUUAACUAAUCAAAAAUCAGGAAUGAAACAGAAGACCAAGGAUGUCAAGAAAGAGAGAACUUUAUUCUACAAAACAGUGUCUCUUAGAAGAAAUGAAACAAACGUGAUUUUUGGUUUUUGAUGUUACAAUAAAAACUUUUCAGCAACUUA